AUGGCGAAUGUGUUCAUCGAGCCUGUCCUUGCGGGGUACACCGGAGAGGAACAUGCUGAGGUCUUUGACCUACGAGCAAUUCCAAAACCUACAAAAGAACGGAGAGUGGGGCAACUAUCGGAGGACGAAGUGCGGAGGUUCUUUCUAGAGGGAUAUGUACUUGUGAAGGAUGUCUUCCGAAAAGAAACAUUGGAAACCUGCAAAACGGCUAUAAAUGAAAUGGUUGAUGAACUGGCUCAAAAAUUAUACAAGGCAGGCAAAAUUACAGAUCUAUGCACGAACUUUGGAUUCUCCGAUAGAUUGAUCCGUCUGGAAAAGCAGUUUCCGGGAGCAAAUGUUCUCUUUAUAAAACAAGCGCGAUUAACUCAAGCUUUUAAGGACCUCUGGACAGAUGAAGCCUUAUUGAACAUUAUUGAACAGUUGAUAGGACCAGAUAUAGCCGGACAUCCAGUUUGGAACCUGCGUGCAAAAAUACCACGUGAUGAGGCUACAACAGUGCCUUGGCAUCAAGAUAGUGGAUACCUAGACACAAAUAGUUAUCGUGUGUUACAACCAACGGCGUGGAUUCCGUUUGUGGACGCUACCGAAACUAACGGCUGUUUACAGAUUAUGCAAGGCGGUCACAAAUCAGGAAAAGUUGCUACUCAUCAGUGUUGUCAUGGUGGCACGUGGUACGUCAUGUUAGAAGAAGACGAGAUGGAGAAAACACUAGGUAUCAAUGUAAAGACAGACAUCAGGACGUGCCCAGUUCCGUUAGGGAGUAUUAUUCUAUUCAACAAUUUAAUUCCUCAUAGAAGUUUGAAUAACGUAUCAGACCAUGUCCGGUGGAGUGUUGACCUGCGCUGGCAGAAUCCGGGUUACCCUUAUGGGUAUUAUGACCUCAAAGAAGGGGUCAUAUUUCGGACAAAGGACAACCCUAACCCCGUGGUGGAUUGGGACACGUUUGAAGGGGUUGAUCGGUUCCAGAUCAGUGCUGACGCUGUUAAAGAAAAAACGCAGGAUGAAGAGGCAGUUGAAUUUGAUACCUCUAUUCAAGGACCUUGGAUGAAGAAAUGGGAAAUCGUCCAUAUCAAUCAGCAUGUGCUUAAAAUGCAGAGUGAAGAAAAAUCAUCUUAA